AUUCUUUAUUUUUAGUCUUGGACUGUGGACUUUGGCUGACUUUUUAUUUUAACCUUUUCUUGUAAAGUUUUUGUGAAAAUUGUAAAUAACUUGAUUACAAUUUAGUUUUAAGAUUAUAUAAUGUUUUCCCCGUGUACAAGAAAUUUGAUUCUGUCGUCGCAGUUACGGCGUUUUCAAAGUACAUUGAUUAUAGCGGAACACAAUAAUGAAGCUUUAACAGCAGUUACACAAAAUACUCUUAGCGCAGCGAAGAAAAUCGGAGGAGAAGUCUCCGUCCUAGUCGCUGGUACAAAAUGUGGUCCAGCUGCCGAAGCUAUUUCAAAGGCAGGUGGAGUGUCAAAAGUGCUAGUUGCAGAAAGUGAUGCUUUUAAAGGUUUCACACCAGAAUCCCUGACCCCACUUGUGUUAGCAACUCAAAAGCAGUUUAAUUUUACCCACAUCUUGGCACCUGCAACUGCUUUUGGCAAGGCUCUUCUUCCCAGAGUGGCAGCCAAGCUUGAUGUAUCACCAAUUACAGAUAUAAUUGGUGUAAAGGAUGCUAACACUUUUAUUAGAACCAUUUAUGCAGGUAAUGCAGUCUUGACUUUGGAGGCCAAAGAUCCUAUAAAAGUAAUCACAGUAAGGGGUACUGCCUUCCCUCCUGAGCCUCUUGAAGGUGGUUCUGGUGCUGUGGAGAAGGCUCCCGAUGGCAGCUACAAGAGUGACUUGGUGGAGUGGGUGUCACAGGAACUGACAAAGUCGGACAGACCAGAACUUACAAGUGCCAAGAACAUUGUCUCUGGAGGUCGCGGCCUGAAGUCUGGUGACAACUUCAAGCUGCUGUACGAUCUAGCUGACAAGCUGAAUGCGGCCGUGGGAGCCUCCCGCGCAGCUGUGGAUGCUGGCUUUGUGCCCAACGACCUUCAGAUUGGUCAGACGGGCAAGAUUGUGGCUCCUAAUCUAUACAUUGCUGUGGGAAUUAGUGGCGCCAUUCAGCAUUUGGCGGGUAUGAAAGACUCCAAGACCAUUGUCGCUAUCAACAAAGACCCUGAAGCACCAAUCUUUCAGGUGUCAGAUUUGGGUCUUGUUGCGGACCUGUUUAAAGCUGUUCCAGAACUUACUUCUAAGUUGUAGUUGUUAUGUAUAACUUUUAGUUGCACAAUUUUAGUAACCUUUUUUAUUCCAAAAUUUUGUUAUAUAUAUGAAAUUUAUACAUCUAUAUUUGUUGAUAGUGUACGAAAUAUUUUGUGGUAUUUUUCAUGCUGUAAAUAAAGAAAUAUAAUAACAUAAUAUAUAA